AUGGAAAGAAUAAGACAGGAUCAUCUCUGCAAAUUUCCUCCAUGUUCUCUUAAUUUCAAUUCUCAGCUCGCGGGUUUGAAGAAUUCCAUAGGAUUAUGGGAGGACAUGAUAAACAAAACGUCAAAGCUGAGCGCUUCUCUAAAAACUGUGAUUCAGUGCAUCGGUGGGUUUCUAGAAGCAUUCCAAAAAAUUGCUGAUUGUGCAUAUGGCAGCAACUGUGGUUUAAAAGAUCUGGGUUCUUCAAUGACUCGAUUCUGUUUGCGCGAACGGGGACUGGAAUCUAGAUUACGCACCUUUAACAGUCAACUCACUGAGUGCUUAACUGCUCCGCUUGUCGAUCGUCUUGAAGAAUGGAAACGAUCAGUGGCUCAGUUGGAUCGAGAAAAUGGGAAAGAGUGGCGUCGAGCAAAAAAUGAACUUCAGAGAGCAACAUGUGAGCUAGAAAAGCUUUCAAAGCGUUCUCGUCGGAAAGGAAGCUCAGCAUCCAGUUGUACUGUUGGGGCUACUAAUGGAGGUGGGGAUUCCAAUUCGCAUAAUGAGAUUUACGCAUUUUCCACAAUGCAAUCUAUAGAUUCAAAUCAUAAUACUGUUCUUCAUUCUGGUGAUAAUAUGCACUUAAAUUUUGUUCAACAUGAUCUAAUUUUAAAACAGCAAACUUUAGCAGAAUUGGAACGUGUUAGUUUACGAAGAGCAGUUGUUGAAGAACGUAGACGAUUUGCUGAAUUGCUUACUUGUUUAAAACCAGUUUUGGACUCAAAGUUAGCCAUAUUUGGUGACGUCAGUUUGUUUGAAGAAUCUAUUCAAGCUAUCACACACAGUUUAUACGAUCCAAAUCAAAUACCUAGUGAUAUAGAAGAAGCAAUUGAUUAUGCAGUUGGUCUUGUUACUUCUAAUGUUCUAUGCGAUCGUAAAUAUUCCACAUCGUUUGGUAGUGGUAAUCGAUCCGAUUCACGGUGUACAAUACGAUCAACGAAAUAUUCAACUAAUUCUACCACUAUGGGAAAUGGAUUGGAAUAUUCUAACAGUACUGGUUUAUCUUGUCAUGCAUCAGAGUUAAGUUUACAAUCUUCAAUAUCUGUAUCGACAAAUGGAUCCUGGAAUAAUAAUAAUAACUGUGUUAGCGGUGGCAGUGGUAGUAACUAUUCACAGUCUACAAUUCAUGGAUCUGAACAGCAUUGCGAUGUUUCAAACGCAGCACAAAAUUCUGGUAACACUGAUAACCUCUUGUCUCAUACAACUGGUGGCGGUAUUGGAGAUUCAGUUAGCCUUUUUGAAAAUCCAGAUGGUUCAAUCAGUGGAGAAUCCGGUUCAUUAGGACGACAGCUACCAAAUUCUGUAUUGGAUUCAAUCAAUCCUGAUUGGAUUCCAUUACCUGGUCUAAGUAAUAAAAAUAUGAAUGUAAAUGAACGUCAAAAAACUAUUAGCAAAUCAACUCACGAUAACGCCGUGUUCUGUUUUCCACCUGAAAAUUCUAACAAUAGUGAAAAUGAUAAUGGUCGAGGUGUUACUCAUGAGAGAGGAACAAGUAAUGUUGAUAUCAGCGUUGAAGCUGAUGCUGAUGAUAGUGGCGGUGGUGCUGGUGGCACAACUACUGAAGAUACGGAGGAUGGUGAAACAGAUGAUGAGAAAUUAGAUCAUAGUGAUAAAACCCAUCUUGAUAAAUCACAUCAAGCACAAACCUUAUAUCCAAAUCAAGCUAUACCUUCACCAGUUUAUACAAAUUUGAAUGAACUUAAGAAAGCUGCUGCACGUAAAUUUCAAAAUCGUUACUCUCCUACUGUAAAUAAUAUAAACAAUAAUACUAAUAAUAAUGAAACUGUACUGAAUAUUGACAGCAGUUCGUUGUAUGCUAGUCGUAAAUUCAGUUUGCCAUCGAAUGAGUCCAUGCUCACUCCAACAGUUGUCGGAGAUUCUUUUCCUGUCAGUGAUAUCAACAAAGUUGAUCCAGGUUUACCACAAUCAUCUCAUUUCGUUUGGCCACCGAUAACAACCCUUGAUAAUGUCAGUUGCGAUAGUGGAGGACAAGAGAUUAAUUCUCGUUCAUUGUGUAAUACUAUACAUAAGUCUAGUGUGGAUAAUAAUAAUAAUAGUAAUGAUAAUAAUAAUUCUAGUUCAUGGGAAUACAAUCAUUUGAUAACGACCGAUCAAACUAGUUCCUCUUUCCUUCAUCCUACAUCAAUAGCACAGUCAUCAGGGUAUUUAGCUACUACGUUAUCAUCGUCAUUAUCUUCGAAUGGGAACGAUAUUAAUAAUAAUUUAUGUGACGCAUCACAAUCUUCUACUUGUACUAUUGAUGGCAAUGCUAUCGGUUACAUAAGUACAAUUGUUAAUUCUGGUACUUCAACAUUUCGACGACGUCAGUCAGAGUACUUUAAAAAAUCAUUGGAUUCAACAAUAUCCUCUGGUAAUGUCUGUUCAUCUCCUCCUCCUCCUGCUCCUCCAUUAAGUCCAUCUUCUGUGAAAAACUCCAACUAUGCUUCAGUUACACCAGGUUUAAUACGUCGUGGUAGUCAGGCCUAUCAACAAGCUCAUGUUAGUAAUCGUCUAUAUGAUCGUCCAUUAGUACAUCCACCUAGACGUUCAAGCAGUGUUAGUCGUGAAUUAGUUUCACAUAAUUCUUCAUUAAACAAUAUCAAUACUGUGAAUAAUAAAAAUGGUUUAUUAACAACUAAUCAUCAUCAACAUUCUUCACGAUUGAAUUUAUCCGAUUUUGCUGGUAAUAAAAAUCCAUCACCAUUUAAUUCAUCAUUAAUGUAUGAACAGUCUACUACUACUACUACCAAUAAUAAUAAUAGUAAUAUUCAUCAUCAUUACCAACAACAGCCUCAGUUGAACUUUCUUCAUCGAACAAGUCCUAAUUGUUCUGUUGCAUCAAUGCUACAACAAAAUCAUUACAGGCAACAACAAGAAAUGUUUCCUUUAUCCUGUGCUCCUUCUGUAUCAUCUAUGAACAACAACAUUUCACAUUAUUCUCGUAUGUAUUCUGGCAAUAGUAGUAAUAAUAAUAAUAAUGGUAUUGUUGGCCGUGAUAGUCCUAUACCUGGGAAUAAUAUGGAUAGUAAUCCAAAUGGUACUAUUAAUAGUCAAUUAAUGUUUGGUGUUAAAGUUUUGCCUAAUGUUGUAACACCACAAUUAUUGAAUAAUACUAAUAGCAAUAAUACUAGUAAUCAUCAUCAGUCUAGACUACCACAAAGAGGUGGAUUAAUGCGUCAGACAAGUUGUGAACCAUCAGUAAUUAGUGGUCCACAGAUGAAUAAUAACACCAUCGGUGGUGGUGGUUUAUCCAGGUCACAAAUGAAUUCAACUUUAUUGACUGAUCGUCAUUCAUCGCAAGAGUUUAUGCAACAACAACAACAGUUUCAUUAUGCUAAUAAUAUUCAUAAUUCUAGACAAAGUUCAUUUUUACAAUCACAAUAUCAAGCUUCUGGUGUUGGUGACAGCACUUCAAAAGGACAAAAACAUCAAUUAUUCACAGAUGAUGGUGUAACUAGUUUUAUUGAAUGA